AUGGGACUAGUGUUGAGGGUGGACGAGUUGGAGUGUGACAGUGUCUUCGGUGAUAUUGGACGUUUAAAUUGCAAACCAGUGAAAAUUGAGCUCAGAGAGGAUGCUCAGCCCUACAGCGUCACAACCCCACGGCGUGUCCCCUUCCCGCUGCUCACAAAGGUAGAGCAGGAGUUAGCACGCAUGCAGUCAUUGGGGAUCAUCGAGGAGGUGAGAGAGGCCACGGACUGGUGUGCGCCGAUGGUUCCAGUGGUCAAGAAGAACGGCAAAAUUCGCAUCUGUGUAGACCUAAAACGACUGAAUGGAGCGGUAAGGAGAGAGAGGUUCAUCUUGCCUACGCUGGAAGAUGUGGCGCCGACGCUGUCAGGGGCCGCUGUCUUCUCGACCCUUGACGCGUCCAGCGGCUUUUGGCAGUUACCCUUGGACCCAGCCAGUCAGAGGCUGACGACUUUCAUCACUCCAAUAGGGAGAUUCUGUUUCAAAAGACUGCCCUUCGGAAUCACCUCUGCUCCUGAAAUAUUUCAGAGAGAAAUGAGCACCCUGCUACGUGAACAUAAAGGCACAGUUGUGGUGAUGGACGAUAUAUUAGUGUCUGGGAAGACUAAAGCAGAACAUGACAGCAACUUGAAAGCUGUAAUGCAGACAAUCAAGGCAUCGGGGCUUAAGCUCAACAAAGACAAGUGCCACUUUGCACAGCCAGAGCUACGGUUCUUCGGGCAUGUCAUUGGAGCGGAUGGAAUAAAGCCUGAUGGUGACAAGGUCAAAGCCAUAACCAACAUGCCAAGUCCCCAGAACGUUAGUGAACUCCACCAAAUGCUGGGUAUGGUGAAUUACCUGGCCAAGUUCUUGCCUCGUCUGGCCACCGUGCUGCACCCGGUCACCUCCCUGCUGAGGGGUGAUGUCCAGUGGGUGUGGGGUGUCGCCCAAGAACAGGCCUUUGGAGAGCUGAAGAAGAUGCUGGUCACAACACCAGUGUUGGCCUACUAUGACCCCAGCAAGCGGACAGUGGUGAGUGCAGACGCCAGUAGUUACGGCCUAGGAGCCACCCUUCUCCAAGACCAGGGAGAUACUCUACGUCCAGUGGCAUUCUGCUCACGCACUUUGACAGAGACAGAGCGCAGAUACUCUCAGAUCGAAAAGGAGUGUCUGGCGAGUGUCUGGGCAUGCGAACGGUUCUCACGUUACCUACACGGAAUGGAGAGCUUUUGUCUAGAAACCGAUCAUAAGCCAUUAGUACCAUUGAUCAACACCUACGACCUGGAUAAAGCACCACUAAGAUGCCAGCGCUUGCUAAUGCGCCUCAUGAGGUUCAAUGUUAAGGCAGUACAUGUGCCAGGCAAACAACUCAUAAUUGCGGACACACUGUCCCGAAACCCACUAAAAGUCAGUGAAGCACCAGAUACUGAAGAAGAUGUGAAAGCCUACGUGCAAGCGGUGAUGGCUACCAGACCAGUGUCUGACAGCAGACUGGAGAAAAUCCGAGAGGCGACCCUCCAGGAUGAGGAUCUCCAGAGAGUCACUCACUAUAUCCAUCACAGCUGGCCAACUCCAAUAUCGCAGUUGCCAAGCACACUCCAUGGCUACCACAAAGCGAGAGCUCAUCUUUCUGAAGCCGACGGCUUGCUGCUGUACGAUGACAGAAUCGUCAUCCCGGGGUCACAGCGUAUGGAAGUGCUGUCCAAGCUCCACGAGGGUCACUUCGGCUUGACCAAGAGCCGGGAGAGAGCCAGGAUGUCAGUGUGGUGGCCGGGCAUCGGACCGGAAAUUACCAGGUGCAUUACAACCUGUGAGUUUUGCAUCACACACAAACCUACUCAGAACAGAGAGACAUUAAUGACUACUCCAUUACCUAGUGGGCCAUGGCAGAAGAUAGCUACAGAUCUGUUUGAGCUAGACGGGAAACAGUACUUAGUCGCAGUUGACUAUUAUUCCAGUGAUAUGGAGAUAGCCCACCUGCCUAGUACAACUAGUAAGCAAGUGAUCAGUUGCCUCAAGAGCAUGUUUGUACGCUGGGGUAUUCCCCUCGAGAUCAUCACUGAUAAUGGCACACAGUUCGUGUCAGCAGAGUUCAGUGAGUUCAAGAACGCCUAUGACUUCCAGCAUACAACUUCAAGCCCGCACUACCCGCAAGCAAACGGUGCUGCAGAGCGAGCAGUACAGACUGCCAAACGGAUCUUGCGCCAACCAGACCCACACUUGGCGUGGAUGAAUUACAGAGCCACCCCAAGUCAGUCAACUGGACAGAGCCCUGCCCAGCUUGCAGUUGGUCGCCAGAUCAGAACGAGAGUCCCCACUCUCACAGAACAUCUGCAGCCCCGCAAUGUCAAUGCUAAGCAGCUGAAAGAAAAAGACAGACAGACAAAACAGGCCUAG